GGGGUUCGUUGAAGCGCACCCAUCUCGUAGCUGGCAAAGGUUAGCCAGCCUGUUAGCCAACAUUCACACUUUCGCUGUCCGCGGUAUCGAACACAGUUCCGGCGGGACGACUUGACAAAUAACAUCCUCAGCGGGCAGCCUGCUGCUAGUGUUGGCUACACGCUGAAGAGCAAAGGUAUGUUGCAAUAUCAACAGGUUGCCAUAGGAGUCAAGCUUCAAGCACCCUUUGGCUCUCCUGGACACAAUGCUGACUUGCACACUCAAAUCUUGUGCAAUCCAAAAGCUUCAGACACCCCUUCAGAAACUAAUUAGAGUUACAGAAUAACUGUAAAACUGAACUUUGGCUAACACACAAACACACACACUUAUAAAGUUAAAGUACCAAUGAUUGUCACACAUACUCUAGGUGUGGCAAAAUUAUUAUAUAUAUAUACACCCAUUAUCCCUUACUGGAGCUGGAUUUUAAUUGUCAUGAGACAUUUUAAUCGUUUUUUCUGCAAACAAAGAGCACAAUGGACAGGAUCACCUUUUUACUAUCAGGAAGUUCCAGGGCGUCAAUCACAGUUUAACUGUACAAAGUUAUAUUGAGAAGCAAUAAUGGGAGAAGUGGCAGCUCCAGCGAAGAGAAAACCGAUGAAAAAUGCAAACGACUGCAAGAGCGACAAAGAUGCGGAAGAAGCAGUGGACGAGGACGUACGUAGGCAGAUCCCUAUGCACCGCUGGGUAAUGCACGGAGCAGUGAUGUUUGGCCGGGAGUUCUGCUACGCCAUGGAAACUGCCUUGGUCACACCAGUGCUUCUCCAGAUAGGCCUUCCUGAGCAAUAUUACAGUUUGACAUGGUUCCUCAGUCCUGUCCUGGGUCUCCUCCUCACGCCUGUGAUGGGCUCAGCCAGCGACAGAUGUACGCUGCGCUGGGGCCGCAGGAGGCCGUUCAUACUUGCCCUGUGUGUUGGUGUCUUGCUGGGUAUGGCGCUGUUUUUAAACGGAUCAUUAAUUGGCCUAUCCAUCGGUGAUCAUGUGGGAAGCCAGCCAAUAGGCAUCGUUCUUACAGUUUUGGGAGUGGUGGUGCUGGACUUUAGUGCUGAUGCGUGUGAUGGACCAAUCAGAGCUUACCUUCUAGAUGUGGCAGUCACAGAGGAGCAAGAUAUAGCCCUAAAUAUCCACACCUUUUCUUCAGGGCUUGGUGGCGCAAUUGGCUACAUGCUCGGUGGUCUUGACUGGACUGGCACAGCAUUAGGUCAAGCUUUUAAGUCACAGCAGCAAGUGCUCUUCCUUUUUGCAGCCAUCUUCUUCAUCACCUCUGUCAUACUGCACAUGUUUAGCAUCCCCGAGAGGCCCUUAGGGCCAGCUCAGCAGCCUAUAGCCGCAAAAAGAAGAAAGUUGAGCAGCCAAUUGUCCUCCAGACCAGUUAGUCACAUACCACCACUUCUGGAUAUAAUCACAGAGGAGGACGCCUCUUUUAGAGAAGAUGACCAAUCGGAUUCCGAGGCCAGAGAAAUGGACUUCCUGGUUAUGGAGCGACUGCGUAGUAAAAGUGACUCCGUCUUAGCCAUGCCAGACACUACAAUCAAGCUGGAUCCUGAUCUAGACCUGGAGGUCCAGCUUUUCUUGCCAGAGGUGCAAAAAGGUUUAACUGAGAUCCAAGAAGGUCUACAAGAUUCUUUCACAUUUUCAGACCAGGGUACUGUUGGAUCUUCCAAACUCACAGAUGGGAUGGUGCUUGUGGAAUCUGGAGGUUCUGCUUCUUCUGAGCUUAAUGGUCACACAAAUAGUCCGUCCACUGAGGGAUCACAUGUGAAACCAAUGACAAAGCCGUCCAAUGGCGUCACUGAGCACUGCAAUUCAAACAAAAGCCACAUCUCCAACAAACCUGGCACCCGUCUCCUUGGCGCCGCCGCUUCGCCCCGGCCACACAAGCACACAUUCUACCGACAACCGUCUUUCACCUUCUCCUACUAUGGACGAGUGGGCUCACAGCGACACAGACUGCGACGGACAACUGCCUCAAGCCCGCCGCCCAUCACCACUUCCCGCAGUCUCAACGAUUUGAGCGAUCUGCAGCAGUGUCUGGACAGAAGGGAGUUUCAGCUUUCCACGAGCAGUCUAUCCUCUGAGGCCUCCAGUAGCGACAGCGAGUCUGACAAGGGCACCACCGUGCGCCUCCUCUGGUUGUCCAUGUUGAAGAUGCCAAAGCAGCUGUGGAGGCUGUGUGUGUGCCACCUGGUCACAUGGUUCUCCUACAUAGCGGAAGCUGUUUUUUACACGGAUUUCAUGGGGCAAGUCAUUUACAAUGGAGACCCCCAGGCACCACUCAACUCCACUGAGUUCCAGAAUUAUAACAGCGGAGUCCAGAUGGGAUGCUGGGGACUUGUGGUCUAUGCUGGAACUGCUGCUGUCAGCUCAGCCAUCCUUCAAAAAUACCUGGAUAAUUUUGACUUGAGCAUCAAAGUCGUCUACAUUGUCGGCACUUUGGGCUUCUCAAUCGGAACCGCUGUGAUGGCCAUCUUCCCUAAUGUGUAUGUUGCCAUGGUGAUGAUCAGCAGCAUGGGUGUCAGCUCCAUGAGCAUAUCUUACUGUCCGUAUGCCUUACUAGGACAGUACCAUGAAAUCAAAGAGUACAUCCAGCACAGUCCAGCCAAUACUAGAAGAGGUUUUGGUAUUGACUGUGCUAUUUUAACAUGCCAGGUCUACAUAAGCCAGAUUCUUGUUGCGUCGGCGCUUGGAUCCGUCAUUAGGGCAGUGGGCACCGUACGGGUUAUUCCCAUGGUGGCCUCUGGCAGCUCCUUCCUCGGCUUCCUCACAGCCUGUUUCCUCGUCGUUUACCCCGACGAGGAGUCCAACAAGGAUCAGGAUUCGGCCCGCUUGUCAGCAGAGCUGAACCAGAAUGGAAAGAAAAACAGCGACAGGUCGUCUCUGCAGAAGCUGACAGACAGAGAUAGUGUGAAGAAUAGGAAGAGUGUGAACAAUGAACAGCAUGAAUAGUAAGGAUGAAUUUGCACAGUUUUUCUCGCAUUUUGUGUGGGGGCUGUUCUGCUUGCCUCAUUGCUACCUCAGCCCAACAGGCUAAUGUGGGAUAGAUUUCAACAAAGCUAGCGAAGAGAUGGCGCAGCAACUACUGAGGGGAAGCACACAUAGCACUUUCUGACCAUGCUGCAGUCUUACGCAAUGCCUUCUAUCUGCGGACAAUCACAGUGUCACUUUCCUCUUGCUAACCUGCGAUGUGUUCCGAGUCAGGUUCAUGGUUUACCUAACCUUUAAAAGUCUUUGAACAAUUUAAUUGUUGUUUCACUGCAAUCUCAUUUAAGCAUUUCCACAGCAGGCCAAUUAAUGCCUGUUUUAUUUGAUGUAAGAGAUGCUGAGAAAAUAAGCUCUUUCAUACAAUGACUCCAGUGGCAUUCAAUUGCAAUGUGGAAUGAUACAGUAAGUCAGUUCAUUGUAUACCGCACAAAAAUGUACAAACCCCGUUUCCAUAUGAGUUGGGAAAUUGUGUUAGAUGUAAAUAUAAACGGAAUACAAUGAUUUGCAAAUCAUUUUCAACCCUUAUUCAGUUGAAUAUGCUACAAAGACAACAUAUUUGAUGUUCAAGCUGAUAACCUUUUUUUUUUUUGCAAAUAAUCAUUAACUUUAGAAUUUGAUGCCAGCAACACGUGACAAAUAAGUUGGGAAAGGUGGCAAUAAAUACUGAUAAAGUUGAGGAAUGCUCAUCAAACACUUAUUUGGAACAUCCCACAGGUGAACAUGCAAAUUGGGAACAGGUGGGUGCCAUGAUUGGGUAUAAAAGUAGAUUCCAUGAAAUGCUCAGUGAUUCACAAACAAGGAUGGGGCGAGGGUCACCACUUUGUCAACAAAUGCGUGAGCAAAUUGUUGAAUAGUUUAAGAAAAACCUUUCUCAACCAGCUAUUGCAAGAAAUUUAGGGAUUUCUCCAUCUAUGGUCCGUAAUAUCAUCAAAGGGUUCAGAGAAUCUGGAGAAAUCGCUGCACGUAAGCAGCUAAGCUCGUGACCUUCGAUCCCUCAGGCUGUACUGCAUCAACAAGCGAUAUCAGUGUGUAAAGGAUAUCACCACAUGGGCUCAGGAACACUUCAGAAACCCACUGUCAGUAACUACAGUUGGUCGCUACAUCUGUAAGUGCAAGUUAAAACUCUCCUAUGCAAGUCGA